CCCUCCGCCCCCGUGUUACCGUGUAACGGCCCCCGACCGACGCGCGGAGCCGGUGAACCGCGCUGCUACGAGCACUGUAUAAAAGCCAGCCGCCACCGCGCCCAACGCUCACAACGCGAGACACACCCGCGCGCACGCCUCCUCCCUCCUCUCCCCAAAUGGAGCGGCCGCAACAAGCUGCUGCGGCGGCGGCGACCGCGGAGGAGAUCAUCGCGCUCUACGACGCUGGCUGGUUCCGCCGCCUCGUGCUCUUGCCGCCGCCUCCUCCCGCACCGACGCCAGCGCCGACUCCGCAGCAGGCGCUGCCGGAGCGCCAAAGGGAGGCGCAGAGCGUCUUUUCUAGUCCCGUCCCUGGGCUACGGCACCGGCGGACGCGGAGCGACGAGGCCGCGGCGGCCGCGUUCCAGAGCCUGGAGCCACUCAAGAUCCCCAACAACGGCCACCGCGCGAGGCUCGAGACCAUCCACUCCGGGAAAGACGGCCAUGUGGCCGCGCCGCAGCCGCUGCCGGAGCGGAGGCGGCAGGAGGUGCGGCGGCCGUCAGGGAGCGGGAGGCGUCGGCGGCGGCGCGGGUGGAGCAUGUCCGAGCUGGAGUUCGAGGAGAUCAAGGGCCUGCGCGACCUCGGGUUCACCUUCUCCGACGCCGAGGUCGACGCCGAGCUCGCGUCCAUCGUGCCGGGCCUGCGCCGGAAGCGGUCAGAGGAUGAGGCAAGAAUCACGGCGUCAGCUCCCCCGGCUGCGGCGUCAGCAUCCGCCGACGUGCAGGUAGCUGUUACGGAUGCGACUGCCGCCUCGGCGCCGAGGAGGCCGUACCUCUCGGAGGCGUGGGACGACGAGGAAGAAGAGGUGAGGACGAUGCUGCGGAACUGGCGGAUCCCGGCGGCCCGCGACGGCACCGACCUCAAGGAGCACAUUCGGAUGUGGGCGCACACCGUGGCUUCUGCCGUCCGGUGAUGCCCUCCAUCAAGAUCGCCGUUACAGUUUUCCUCCUUUUUUCCUUUUCUGAUUCACAGACGUUAUCGACAAAAUCAAGUGUAAAUAUUCCGGAUGUGCAUGCACAUCUCUUCAAAUUUUGAGUAUGUAUGUAUUAAAACAUGAAAGUUACUAGAUUCUUUUGCAACUUGAAAGUUGCAAGCGCAAAGAAGAAUGUUGAAGGAGAAGAAGAUUUGAUUUGAGGCAAGGGCGAUCUGUUGAUCCGAUCAUCGUUCUAGUACAAAUGAAAGAAGAAUUUGGGUUGCUUUGAAGCUAAGGUGUCAUAAUUCCACGAGUCAUGAUU